AUGAACGUCCUGUGCACAAUCUGCAGUGAUCACGUGAAUAAAAACGAGAAUAUAUUUGUGACAAAAUGCGGCCACUUAUUUCAUGACCAUUGUCUGGUACAGUGGCUAGAAAGAUCGAAAACCUGUCCACAAUGCAGAAACAAAGUAACGGAUAAGUGUAUGUUCCGGAUUUACCCAACGAUCUAUGAUUUAAGUGCUGUAAAUGCAGGUUAUUUGCAAUCAAGACUGGACAAUGCAAUACUAGAAGUUAAAAAGGAGAGAGAACUAACCAAGGAGAAAGAGAGACAAUUAGAAAUGGUUAAAUAUGAUUUGAAAAAAUAUAAGGGUCUUGUAAAGACAUAUGAGAUGCAAAUAGUCAGCAUUGAAUCUAGGUUGCAGAGUGCAAAAGGGGAAUUGCUCUUUGCACAAAUAGAAGCCAAAGAGGCGCAGAAAUACAAAGAGGAAAACGAAGAAUUGAAGAAACAUAUGCAGACACUGAAUGGGUUACAGACAAUAUUGAACGCAACCAGUCGUGAAGUGGAGCAGAUGCUAGAGGGUUAUUCAGAUAUGCGAACAAUUGCUACAUUUGCAUCUGCACUUAAAAGAGCGCUUUGUGAAUCAGAGGCAAAAAAGAAUGAAUUUCGAGACAAAUUAUUUGUGGCAAAUAAAGAGCUGUCAUUGGAAAGGAAGACAGAAGCUGAGCUUCAGAACAAAAUUAAACUAUUGGAAGCUGACCUAAAGGAUAGUGCAUCGACAAUCGAGUCGUUACAAGCGCAACUCAAAACGGCAUCGCUCAACAAGAAUAAUUACAAAUCUCCCACAAAACCCUCAACACAAAAUCAGACUCCACGAAUAAUGGAAGAAAGUGUUUUACUUGAGAGAUCACCGGGACUAAAUGACGCCAUACUAGAAUGUCCCAGUAAUAAUAGCAGCUUCAAUACAAUGGUAAAUAAAAUUGAGAAUUCUGAUUCACCAUAUCUAAACUUGAAGCAAGGAGGAGGCCUCCUAUGUUUAACGGCGCUUCAACGUGGUGCGGUCAAAAUAUCCGGAGGAACAAAGCCUUCACAACAAUCCUACCAGGAUUUAAUAAAGAACGCCAACAAAAAACGAGUGGAAUCCCAAAUGACUACCAGCAUAUUUCACCGAAAGGAGCCGAUGAAGAUUCAACCGUCUGACGCCAAUUCUAAUUUGGACAUCUCUUAUGACGGCAUGGGAGGCCACUCCAAACCAGACACUUUUCCAACUCCGAGGAGAUCUCCCAAGAAUUCGCCGAAGAAAGCUGGUAUACCGCGGUUGACUGCUAAACAUAAGCUGAAACGGCCUAACAUAACUGGUAACCAAGAUAUUCAGGCAAUGUUUAAAAAGCGCAAAGAUCAGUAA